ACUGGGGGGCGCUGGACACUGAUACUGGUGGACACUGGUGGACACUGGGGGGUGCUGGUGGACACCGGUGGACACUGGGAGGUGCUGGGCACUGGAGGACACACUGGUCACUCUGUGUGCUGGUCACUCUGUGUGCUGGUCACUGCUGGUCACCGCUGGUCACUGCUGGUCACUGCUGGACCCUGGUGGGUGCCCCAUUCUCCCCCCAGCCCAGAGCUGCUCCUCGGCCUGAUCCUGAUCCGGGGUGAAUCCCCGAUCCCCAAUCCCCGAUCCCCAAUCCCAGACGGCUGAGCCGCGCUCUGCCCUAAUCCCGGCCCGGCUGCUCCGGCUGCUGCCAGAGGGGCCUCCCUGCCUCAGUUUCCCCAGCCCCUAAAUCCUGCUGCUCUGUGCCCACGGGUCUCUGAGUUCUGGGAUCCCAAAACCCCAGGAACCCAGAAUCCCAGAACCUCAGGAUCCAAAGAUCCCAGAACCUUGGGAUCCCGGAACUCCUGAAUUCUGGAAUCUCAGGAACCCCAGAAUUCCAGAAUCCCAGAAUUCCUGAAUUCCAGAGCCCCAAAAUCCCAGAAUCCUAGAAUCCCAGAUCCCCUAACUCCAGAAUCCCAGGAUCCAAAGAUCCCAGAACCCCGGGAUUCCAGAACUCCUGAAUUCCGGAAUCUCAGGAACCCAGAACCCCAGAACCCAGAAUUCCAGAACCCCAGAACCCAGAAUCCAAAGAUCCCGGGAUCCUGGAAUCUCAGAACCCCAGGAUUCCAGGACCCCCGGAAUCCAAGAAUUCCUGAAUUCCAGAACCCCAAACCCCAGAAUCCUAGAAUCCCAGAACUCCCGAACCCCAGGACUGAUGAGGUUGGAAAAGCCCAUCAAGCCCAUCCGGAAUUCCAGGAAUUCCUGGGUCGCCUCCAGGGCUGCCCCUCCCUCCCUCCGCAGCCCCUUCCAGGCGGAAAUUCCCCCUGAAAUUCCCGAUCCCGCAGAGCAAAUUUGGGAAUUGUGGCACAAGGAAGGACACAGAGCCCUUUGGGGAGCGCCCCGAGCCCAUCCCGAGGAUCCCCCAGGCCGUGCCUCGGGGUGUUCCCUCCCUAAUUAAUGUUCCCUAAUUAAUUCCCUAAUUCCCCAAAUCUCCCGCUUUUGUCUGGGCAGAGGUGACACCCAGGGGACAGCUGCCACCGGGAUUAUCGUCUCCACAAAUGAUUCACUGGGAGGCCACCAAUUCAUCAAUCCAAAUUAAUUAAUUAAUUAAACCGCGGUGAUUAAUCCCCGGAUCAGCAAUGAGCUGUUAACCCGAACUUCUCCGGCCUGGAAAAAUCCGCAUUUUUCCCCUUUUUUUCCCCCCUUCAAACCCCCGCAUUCAGAAUGUGCAUUUUCCAAAAAUCCCUUCCCAAAACCCCGCGCUGGGAUGAUGGAAUUCUGGGAUUUUGGGGUUCCAAAAUUCAGGAAUUCUGGGAUAUUUGGGGUUCCAAAAUUCAGGUAUUCUGGGAUUCUGUGGACCCAAAAUUCAGGAUUUCUGGGAUUUUGGGGUUCUGGAAUUCAGGAAUUCUGGGAUUUUUGAGUUCUGGAAUUCAGGAAUUCUGGGAUUUUGGGGUUCUGGGGUCCCACCCCGACCCUUUUCCCGUCGGAACCAGCUCGGACACAGCUCCAGGAUUUUAUCUGGGGCUGGGGGCGUCACAGCUGCAUCCCGGUUCCUCCAUUCCCGGAGGGAUUUGGGAUUUGGGGGGGGUUCGGGGACCCCCCGGCCGCUCGCGGUCUCCUGCUGCCACCUCCCGGCCUCUGCUUCGAAAAGAAUUCCCGGGAUUUUCCCUCCCCGCCGCCUCGGGAAUGCGGGAUGGGAGCAGCGAAUCCCAUAAAAACCGUCCGGGAACGCGGGGAGGGUUUGGGGCUGGAACGGGGAGGAUUUUGGGGCUGGAACGGGGAGGAUUUGGGGGCUGGAAUGGGGAGGAUUUGGGGGCUCGAACGGGGAGGAUUUUGGGGGCUGAAGGAGGAUGAUUUUGGGGCUGGAAUGGGGAUUUUUGGGGCUGGAACGGCGAUUUUGGAGCAGAAGGAGGGGAAUUUUGGGGCUAGAACGGGAUGGAUUUUGGGCUGUAAAGGGAAUUUUGGGGCUGGAACGAGAAGGAUUUGGGGGCUGAAGGAGGAGGAUUUUGGGGGCUGGAAUGGGGAGAAUUUUGGGGCUGGAACGGGGAGGAUUUUUGGGGUUGGAAAUGGGGUUUUGAGGUUGUAAAGUGCAUUUUGGGUUGGAGAUUCCUCCCCAAACUCCCCGUCCUGCUGCUGGGGUGCCCGAGCUGGGGACAGCGGAGCCACCGCGGUGUCCCCAAAGCAAAACCCCCAACCCCGCGCCCUGCCGGGGCAAUGAAAAUGAAUUCCCUGCGAGCGCUGGGGCUGAGAGCAGCACCCCCGCCGUGUCCCUGUCCCCUCGGCCAGAGGGGCGGCCGGGGGGCGACAGCGCGCCCGACCCCCCGGAGGAGGAAGAGGAGGAGGUGCAAAGGAGCCGCACGGGGCAGAGGAAGUCCCCGCCGGGCUCUCGGCAGCCCCGAGGGGUCCCCGCUCCGAGAUGUCCCCGCCCGGGGGUGGCCGCUGUCCCCCGGCGCUGCUGGCGCUGCUGCUGGGGCUGGCCGGGAGCCGAGGAUCCCCGGGAUGCCAAACCCGAGUUGUGUCCGCGGGAGGAUCGCUGUGCCUGGCGCCGGAGGAACCCCCGUGGGAGUGGACAGAGAUCCACUGGAAAGUGAAAAUUGGUUCCGGAACGUGGCAGAAGAUCCUGACAGCCCCCAGGGAUGGAACUGUCUCCUAUCCCAGUGGUUCUUUCCAUGGGAAAGGGAAAUUCCAGCUGGGAAACUUCUCCCUGUGCAUCUCCGCGGUUCACAGAGCCGACAGCGGGGUCUAUGCGGCCGAGCUCGAGAAUGGGUCAGUGAUUUCCUCUCAGUGCUUCCGAGUGUCCGUGUGGGACCCCCUCCCGCCGCCGGAGCUGAAAUCCCAAAUCCUGCAGCGGGAUCGGGGCUGGUGCACCCUGGCCCUGCUCUGCUCCAGCCCCGGGAACGUCUCCUACAGCUGGGCCUGUCCCGGGCAUCCCCCGGGGGAGCUCCCGGAGCAGAUCCUGGAAAAGAUCCCGGAGCAGAUCCCGGGACGGAUCCCGGAGGAGAUCCUGGAGGAAAUCCUGGAGCAGAUCCCAGAGCAGAUCCCAGAGCAGAUCCCAGAGCAGAUCCCGGGGGAGAUCCCGGAGCAGAUCCUGGAGGAGAUCCCAGAGCAGAUCCCAGAGCAGAUCCCGGAGCAGAUCCCGGAGCAGAUCCCGGAGCAGAUCCUGGGGAUCCCCUCCCGGCUGAUCCUGAGGCUCCCUGAGGGCGCCGAACCCCAAAUCUGCCUCUGCAACGUCAGCAACCCCGCGGGGUGGAGCGCGGCCCGCGCCCGGCUCACCUGCCCAGAGAAUUUCAGCCACUGGACACUGCUGGCUGUGGCUGUGGCCGUGGCCGUAGGGCUGACCCUGCUCCUCGUGGGCAGCUGCUGCUGGUGGAGGAAGAGGAGGAAGAAUUCUCGGGAAGGGACCCCCGGAGCCCCCUCAGGACCCUCGGAGAUGACCGUCUACGCCGAGGUGGGAGAGAAGAAACCCUGCCAGGACCCCGCCGGGACGGGGGAGGCCACCCAGGAAGGAGCCACCAUCUACACCGUGGUCACUCCCAGGACACUGGAGCACCCCAGGCAGCGGGAGGAACCCGAGAAUUUCACCAUUUACUCCACGGUCCAGCUCGGCCGCAGGCCUUCCUCCAUCAAGAGGAAGAGGCUGGACCGAGCUUUGGUCUCCACUGCCUACUUGGAGGAUAAUGGGGGUUACAGGCGCUUGGGCUUCCCAAAUCCUGCCGACCACCAGCACCCCUAAAACCCCGGAAUUCCCAUCCCUGUGGAAUUCUCCAGGAAACUCCAGUGGACACUGGGAUCAAUGGAAUAGAAAUAUGCAGAAAUUCGAGUUUUUUCCCCCAAGAUUCAACGCCCAGCUGUGCCUUGGAGCGAAGAUUUGGGGAUGGAAAACUCCAGAAGGGAUGGAUUUGGGAUUGGGCAGGCGGGAUGGGCAGGGGUGGGAAUUUUGUGGUGUUUUUGGGGUUUGGAAAAUUUGGGAAUCCUUUUUUUUGUUUGUUUUUCUUGGUGAAGGGUGUGAAGAGGUUUGGGUUUGCCCGUCUGAGUUUCUGGCCAAGGCACCAAUUCUGGGGUGGGUUUAGCGCUGGUCAAACCCCAGCGCUCACUGGAGUUGUUUGCUCAUUGCCUGCUGUGAGAUACGGAGCAGGAGGAGGAGGGCAAAACAGGCUCAAAACUUUAAAUGGUAUUAAAAAAAUCUUUAUCGACUGACUUAAAAUAAAAAUAAAAAUAAAAUCAGAAUAAACCUUC